AUGUUUCCCCAGAGGAGGCGCUUCGCAUUUCCAUUUCUUGGAGGAGGAAGGAUGGAUGUGAGAAUGAACCAAGGACACCUACUCCUGGCAGUGACCCUCAUCGUCUGCAACUCACAGCUGCUGGUGGUCGCCAACUCGUGGUGGUCAUUAGCCAUGAACCCCAUCCAGAGACCGGAGAUGUACAUCAUUGGAGCACAGCCUCUGUGCAGCCAGCUGACUGGCCUAUCUCAGGGUCAGAGGAAGCUCUGCCAGCUCUAUCAGGACCACAUGGUUUAUAUUGGAGAGGGGGCGAAGACGGGCAUCAAGGAGUGCCAGUAUCAGUUCAGACAGAGGCGAUGGAACUGCAGUACAGUGGACAACACAUCAGUGUUUGGCCGUGUCAUGCAUAUAGGCAGCAGAGAAACAGCUUUUACAUACGCCAUCAGCGCAGCAGGUGUUGUGAAUGCUGUGAGUCGAGCAUGCCGUGAAGGUGAGCUUUCCACCUGUGGCUGCAGUCGAGCAGCUCGUCCCAAAGACCUGCCCAGAGACUGGCUGUGGGGCGGCUGUGGGGACAACGUCAACUAUGGCUACCGCUUUGCCCGGGAGUUUGUGGAUGCCCGUGAGCGUGAGAAGAACUACCCACGCGGAUCGGUCGAACACGGACGCACGCUUAUGAAUAUCCAGAACAAUGAAGCCGGGAGAAUGGCAGUGUAUAAUCUAGCUAACGUGGCCUGCAAGUGUCAUGGCGUCUCGGGCUCAUGCAGCCUGAAAACCUGUUGGCUCCAGCUGGCUGACUUCCGGCGUGUGGGAGAGUUCCUGAAGGAGAAAUACGACAGCGCCGCUGCCAUGCGCAUUACCCGACGCGGAAAACUAGAUCUGGUCAAUACUCGAUUCAACCCACCGACAAGCGAAGAUCUAGUUUACAUCGACCCCAGCCCGGAUUACUGCCUGCGCAAUGAAACCACAGGCUCUCUGGGCACUCAGGGCCGCCUGUGCAACAAGACCUCAGAGGGUAUGGAUGGCUGCGAGCUCAUGUGCUGCGGCCGUGGGUACGACCAGUUCAAGACCUACAAGCACGAGCGCUGCCACUGCAAGUUCCACUGGUGCUGCUAUGUCAAGUGCAAACGCUGCACGUCACUGGUGGACCAGUUCGUGUGCAAGUAGCAGACCUGAGAACUGGGGGACAGACGCACUGAGCAAUUAAGCGGGAGAAGAAACGGGACCCUUAACGGACCCAGAGGGGCAACUUAGAGAUAAUUAAAUGUAAAAAUGAUAUAUUAAAUAGCAACAAAUUAAAAGUAUAUAAAUAAGUGUACGUGUGCCGUUGAUAGUAAUUUAAUGACCGGAAUGGAUCCGCGUUGGACGUCAUUGAUGAAAAAGGAGGCGCCAGUGUGAUGCAUUCCGGCUCAAGCUGUGCUUCUCUCACAUCGAGAGGAACGAACUCUUGACUUGUGCUACAAGAAACUCUUUAGAGACUCGAGGAAAAGGCGCAGAAAGAGGAUGGAGAACAUCAGGGGCGCAUCAGCCACACUUUGCCUUCCAAUUCUUAAACACACACACACACACCACCUUGCUGAUGUCAGAGCUCUUAAGAACUUUCGGAAUGCGGAAUUCUCGGACACUGCAUUCUGUGAGGUCAUAAUGAUCUCAGAGAUAUGGCCAGAACAGAAUGCUGCCUGUUUACCAGUCACAUGAGCAUUUCCUCUUGGAGAGACGCGUGAAAGAUGAAAGCAGGAAUGCUGAGUUCAACACUUUUGCACACACUAAAAAUCCUUCCAUUAUCCUUCAUCUGAUGAAAAUGAUGCGUUUCAGGGUCUUUCGUAUAGACACUCUUAAACAUUUAGGUUCCAACUGAGGGUUUUGGCAGUUCUCUUUUUAAAAGAAUGAUUUAUUUCUUAGUGUGAAGACACUUUUAACAUUUUCCACUGUUAAAAAAAAAACUCGUGUGGAAUGAAAAGGUUGUGUGGAUGUUAAAAGCUCUUCAUGGAACCAUUGAUCGCCAACUAAAGGGAUAGUUCACCCAAAAAAUGAAAAGUCUGUCAUCAUGUACUCAUCCUCCACAUGUUACAAAACCUGCAGUGGUGGAAAGAGUACUGAACAAUCAUACUCAAGUAAAAGUACCAUUAUUUUCCUAAAAAUGUAGUGCAAGUAGAGUAAAAGUAUCUGUUGUAAAUAUUACUCAAAGUUUGAGUAAAAAGUAGCCCUUUCAAAAGUACUUAAGAGUAGUGAGUAGUGAGUAUUAUGGUGUAAAAAGCUGAUGCAUUUACAUGUAAUAUGUGGAUGUGUGUAAACGUAACAUUAUGUAGUGCAUUUAGUGAUUUCCCAGCAGGCACACAACGUCAUAAGGUUUUAGUAUUAGGUUAGAUUUAGGUUGUGAUGUCAUGUGACCAAAAUUCAGUGUCUAGCCAAUUUCAAGGACAACUUUAUUUUGAUGUCCAACAACAACAUCAAAUGACGUUGAUAUUUGGUUGAUUUUAGGAUGUGUUACAAAGUGACCAAAACAUCGAGUCAACAUCUUAAACCAGUGUCAUAUUGACAUCAAAUACUGACAUUUAUUCAUCAGGUAUGGCAACCAAAAUCCAACAUCUGAUAGACGUCAUAGUGGUAACGUCCA